AUGUCACGUGCUUGCAAGGAAACACCCACUAUGACACAGUUAUGGCAUAGUGUCCAGCCUGCAGAUCUGGACACUAUUGAUGGCUCACCUGGUCAAGAAUUUUCUCUUGAAACUGAGCAUGAACAGGUGUGGAAACAUGUUGUCUGGAAAGGGGAUGCGGUUGUUGAUGCCACUUGUGGAAAUGGGUAUGACACCUUGGCAAUGCUCAAAAUGGUUGCUGAUCAGUCAAAGAGAGGUCGUGUUUAUGGAAUGCAUGUUCAAAAAGUUGCUAUCGAAAGCACUUCAUCUUUGUUAGAUCAAUCAGUCAGUUCAGAUGAGAAAGAACUUGUUGGGCUAUACAGCAUUUGUCACAGUAAAAUGGACGAAAUUGUUCCAAAGGGCGUCACGGUGAGCUGGAUGUGUUUUAGCAGAAUCAGUUCAGGAGGGUUUGAGGAUAGCUGCUGGGAUGAUGCCAGGGUGAUGUUGUGCAUUGGAGAUGUUUGUUGCCUGUGCAUUUUGAAGGCUACGAAGUGUCUGCCAGAAUCUGUCUGGUUCAAAGACUGCUUCCUUUUGGCUCUGUUCACGCCAUUUUGGAUUUUGACCAUGGGUCUAAUGGAAGCUUCACCCAUAUGUCACUUGGGUUACACUGUUCAUGCCACUCGGGCUAUUUCAUCUAAUUUCUUGGUUCCAGCUUGGGGUUCUAGGAUGCAAUGGAUUUCUUUGCUGCUGGGGUGGUUUGAAAGCUGCCUGUUUCUGAGCUGGAUCACAAAUGCUUUUCUAUCUGAUUUUUCAGCUGGUUUCCAUGCUUUCUCAGCUGCCUUUUGGUAUUCAUUGAUGGUUGCUGCUACUGUGGGCUUUUUGCGGUUUUUCUUUGCCCCUUUUCAGCUGGUUAUAACGGUUUCCAGCAGCAUUUUCAGCUGGUUUCAGCUGGUUUUCUUGGGCCUUUUGUUUCUGGCUGUUGAUGUUGCUGGGGAUUUUGCUUUGGAUGGAUCUGCUCACGUUGUUCCUUGGGCUAUCUCUGUUCAUGCUGUUUUUCAGCUGGUCACUUAUGGAUUUCCAGCUACACUCUCAGCUGGUCUUCUUUUUUCUUGCGCCUUUCUGCAGUUCCAGGUUCCAGCUGAUGGUUAUCCUCCUUUGCUGGCUUUUAUGGAUCAAUGUAGGACUGUUUUGGGCCACUCCCUUCUCUCUGCUUUCUAG